AUGGAAUUAUUAAAUCAGAUGGAUGGUUUUGAUGCACUUGGUCAGGUUAAAAUGAUCAUGGCAACUAAUCGUCCGGAUACCCUUGACCCAGCUCUACUUAGACCUGGACGUUUAGAUCGUAAAAUUGAAAUUCCUCUGCCUAAUGAACAAGCUCGAAUGGAUGUACUAAAGAUACAUGCAGCUCCAAUAGCCAAACAUGGUGAAAUAGAUUGGGAAGCAGUUGUUAAACUAUCUGAUGGAUUCAAUGGAGCUGAUCUACGUAACGUUUGCACAGAAGCUGGUAUGUUUGCUAUACGUGCAGAGCGAGAUUAUACAAUAGAUGAGGACUUUAUGAAAGCUGUACGAAAAAUAGCCGAUGCUAAGAAAUUAGAAACAAAAUUAGACUAUAAACCAGUCUAAAUAUAGGGAUAUAUUAUUUUGCAUGCACAUUGCUGACAUAUAAAAAAAGGUUAUUCAACAAGUAUUGAUUUUCAAUAAAACAAACUUUGUUUUAUUAAUCAACCUAUUAAAGUGUUUA